CAUCGAGAUAUCGACGUGCCAUUUGUGGCAUUGCGUGUAUACACAUUUAUAUAGGCAAGAGGGUAACCCGGGUUAAAAACAGGUUGAGACAAAGGCAGUGAACACAUAUCACGAUUUAUCGAAGUAAUGUUCAAGUGAUUAGCGGAUCGUAGUUGGGAUUAAAAGAUAUAAUUAAUCAACAUCCAAAUGGCUGGCCCAUCCUCUGAUCAGAAUAAUAUUGCUCAGAAAACAUGGGAGCUCUCAAAUUGCAUCGAGAGUAUCAGCAGCAUGGAUGAAAUUUACAGAUAUGACAGGAAAGAACAACAAGAUAUAUUAAUUGCCAAACCAUGGGAGAAAGACCCUCAUUUCUUCAAGGAUAUAAAAAUAUCUGCAUUAGCUCUCUUAAAAAUGGUCAUGCAUGCACGAUCUGGUGGUACACUAGAAGUAAUGGGCCUUUUGCUUGGUAAAGUAGCAGCAAAUACGAUGAUUGUGAUGGAUUCUUUCGCAUUGCCAGUCGAGGGAACCGAAACUAGGGUAAACGCUCAAGCUCAAGCUUACGAAUAUAUGACAGCAUAUAUAGAAGCAGCUAAACAAGUUGGUAGAUUAGAAAAUGCAAUUGGCUGGUAUCAUAGUCAUCCUGGAUAUGGUUGCUGGUUAUCCGGUAUUGAUGUAUCCACUCAAAUGCUCAAUCAAAAUUUCCAAGAGCCGUUUGUCGCGAUUGUUAUUGACCCAGUGAGAACCAUCUCCGCUGGCAAAGUCUGCCUUGGGGCAUUUAGAACUUAUCCUAAGGGAUAUAAACCUGCCAAUGAGGAGCCAUCGGAGUAUCAGACGAUACCACUGAACAAGAUCGAGGAUUUUGGUGUUCAUUGCAAGCAAUAUUAUUCUUUGGAAGUGUCUUAUUUUAAAUCUGCACUUGAUAGACGAUUGCUCGAUUCAUUAUGGAAUAAAUAUUGGGUGAACACCUUGAGCUCUUCUAGCUUACUAACAAAUGCAGAUUAUACUACCGGUCAGAUAUUCGACUUGUCCGAUAAAUUGGAGCAUUCGGAAUCGGCUUUGGGUAGAGGAUUUGUUUUUGGUGGUACGGAUCCUCAUGAUCGUAGUACAGUGGAAAAACUCAUAAAGGCGACCAGAGACAGUUGUAAAACCACCAUCGAAGUUAUUCAUGGUUUAAUGGCGCAAAUAAUCAAGGAUCGGUUAUUCAAUCACGUUGGUAGUAAUGCGUCUUGUGAUCCUCAGCAAAAGUAAUAAGAUUCUUUGUAUAAUGUGUGUGAUAAUUCUACUAUGAAAUGUGUAUUUGUAAUAAAUAUAUGUAUCCUCCUUUAAAA